CGCUGGGCGUGGGGCCUCUGUGGUGGUCCUGAUGUGCCCCAUGCCGCAUUGUCUGUAUCCACAGUCAACACAGAGAGCCGCGGCGUGGGGAUCAAGCAGAGUCAGCUCUCUGUGAGCUCCCACAUUGUGCAAGAGGAUGAAUUGUUGAAAGCUGUGAGAAGCAACGAACCAUUGCGUCUAACGUUCACUCUCCACUUGACCGAGAGUACGUCCGUCGAGUGGGAAACCGUAGCAUGGCGCCGCUGUCUAUACAUUCGCGUACCAAGCUGCCUUCUGCCCGAAGGAUCAAAAGAGGGGUUUGUCUCGCUCCUAGAAUACGCCGAGGAAACACUGCGCUGCACCAAUAUCAUUGUUUGCCUUCGCAAAGAUAGAUCAGAUCGAGCAAUGCUGGUUCGUACCUUCAUGUUCUUGGGCUUCACGGUCCUGCCGCCAACUCAUGCCUUGGUACCGCCAGGCAGUGACGCUGGCAAUCUCUACAUGCUCUAUGCCAUCGAGUAAUCGGCAAGCAGUUGUGCCUCUCUCAAAUUUAACGCGCAGGUACUACCAUAAACCAAGUAUAAGGUAAAAUUCCGAAAAGAGGGACAAUUGGAAAAUUCUGGAAAACGACAUAUAUAUUUUUCUUUUAUAUCUUAAGUUUUGCUAUAUAAUUUUUCUUAUUAGCCACAAAUUGGGAGAUUUGCAAAUUUUGAAGAGAAUUUAUAUCAAAUGAUUAUCGAUUAUCGAUGCAGAAAAACCUCGGCGUUAAAUUGAAGGAGGCUUGAUGAAAACAAAAUUAUAGUCGCGAAUAUGUAGAACGCGUACGUAAAAGGCUUUCGAUGGAUAUAUCGAUUCAUUCUCUUGAACACAAUGUUAAUAACUCUUAUAAGAGCAUAUAAGCUGCUGACAAAGCUUCCCACGUGAAAGAAUUUGACGGAAUCAAUAAUCGCACUUUAACAACUGAACACGGCGAUAAACUGUCAAAUUUUAGAGAAAAUUUAUUAUCGAUAUAUCUCAAUGUUAAUUGUGGCAGAUUGGGUAUCACCGCGUUAUUCUUCGUAAUAUAUGUAUAAGUACAUUAUUUUUAAGUAUUAUCAAUAUGUAUAAUCUAGACUCGUUACGCGAGUACGAAUUUAAUAAGUUUAAUAAGUUUUCGAUCGCUUCUGUUUUAUCGUUUAAAAACGACAUUAUUUAUGGUUAAUUGACUGAUAUUCUUUAUGAAAUGUGCAAUUAUCUUCUAUAAUUUCAUGGAUAAUUCAUGAUCUUAUUUACGAAGUAAAAGUAAAAAGAAAUUGCGCAAGCAUCAAGUAAAAACAGAAUAAUAAGAUUUUGGUGUCCAAACUGACUUUUCGCAGUCUAAUUCUUCGUUCGAAAAAUGUUUAUCUCCGGUAAAAUAUAUGUUCGAAUAAAUUGAAUACUAAUUAACUCAGGACAGCGUUUGCUAUCGUAUGGAUGGCAUAGCUUUGCAAAUUUGACCAAGAAUAGUAAGAAUCAAAAAUAUCAUGACCAUUACGUUACAUUGAUAACCGGAUAUGAGAAAUGACAUUUCACGCAUUAUUUCCCUCGAAGUACUCUAAAUUUGAAGGUACUGAAUUAUUAUAAAUCUUAUUUAUCGUUAUAUAAGCCCUAUACUUAUUAACUUUUUUUUUUUUAUAGUAUAUCCUUAGGUGAUAGUAUGUCUAAGUAAUAGUAUAUCUGGUAAUUCCCAAUCAGUUAACAUUGAAGAGAUCUUGCUAAUAAAUGCGUUCUUUAGUGUUGACUUGAUAACAGACAUGAAAAAUAAAGAAAAAUACAAAAAAAUGAAAAAUAUCAGAAAAGAACAAAAAAAUGUUAUUAGCUUAUUAGGAAUAUAGGUAAAGAUAAGUACAGAACGACGGACUAUUGUAUGUUAACUUCACGCAAAUAAUUAUCGAUUUGCCUCAAGUUUUUAAAUUGAAUUCCGUGCAUUUUAACCCGUCAGUUAGUAUUAUAUAUUCGUACCUCUGACCAUACACAUAUGAACACACACAUACCCACACACAUACAAAGUGAAUAUGUAUGCUACGUUUCUUAUUCAUACAUGAAAACAUAAUUGCUAAAUAAACAUUUAAUAAAACCCA